GUGCUUCCGGUUCGCGUCAAAGUUCUGGUUUGAAUGCCUUCGGUUUAACGCGUUAUCUGUGGUCAAUACGUACUAGGGUAUAUGUCAUACAUGCGUCUAUCAAUUUACCGCGAAUUCUUGUAACAUUUUGCAUUUUGAAGGUGAUUUGCGUUACACCUCUGUAACAUAACUAAAUGUUAAUUUAUGACGACCGCGCACGCAAGAAUAUUUUACGAAAAUAUCUACAAUUUCACAGAUAAUAAUACGACGUCGAAUAUAAUGCCGUUGGCAAAUUUGACAGUUCCUUGGUCUGAGCAACAUAUAACUGAGAAGCACGAUGUAGACAUCCUCCAAUCAGAGUCUCAAGAGGAAAUAAUGAUAACUCAAGAAAAUGUAGUUGAACCUUCAAAUGGAUGUUCAGAAUCACAUGAAAUAGAAGUACGCGAAGUAGUAAGAGAUGGUCAUGAAAAAGCAGAUCCAUCUCAAUUUGAAUUGCUUAAAGUUCUAGGUCAAGGAUCCUUUGGCAAGGUUUUCUUGGUCAGGAAAGUUAUUGGAAAAGAUAGCGGCACACUUUAUGCUAUGAAAGUGUUAAAAAAGGCAACUUUGAAAGUUCGGGACAGAGUUAGGACAAAAAUGGAGAGGAAUAUAUUAGUGGAUGUUGAGCAUCCUUUUAUUGUUCGACUACAUUAUGCAUUCCAAACAGAGGGUAAUCUCUACUUAAUUUUAGAUUUUUUAAGAGGUGGUGAUCUAUUUUCAAGAUUGGCUCAAGAGGUAAUGUUUACUGAGGAUGAUGUAAAAUUUUAUUUAGCAGAACUUGCUCUUGCAUUGGGUCAUGUACAUAAACUUGGAAUUAUUUAUAGAGAUCUCAAACCAGAGAAUAUUUUGCUUGAUACUGAAGGUCACAUUUCUUUAACCGAUUUUGGUUUAAGUAAACAACCUUUAAAUGAUUGUACAGCAUAUUCAUUUUGUGGUACUGUAGAGUAUAUGGCACCUGAAAUUGUAACUAGGAAGGGCCACUCAUUUGCUGCAGAUUGGUGGAGUUUUGGUGUUCUUAUGUUUGAAAUGUUGACGGGAGCUCUUCCAUUCCAAGGAGCAAAUCGUAAAGAAACAAUGACACAGAUAUUAAAAGCAAAACUCGGAAUGCCGCUUAAUAUUUCACCCGAAGCCCAAGCACUUCUUAGAGUAUUAUUUAAAAGAAAUCCUGCAAACAGAUUGGGCUCUGGUGGAAUACAAGAAAUAAAAAAUCACGUGUUCUUUACUACGAUUGAUUGGGACGCACUUUACAAAAAAGAAAUAAAACCACCUUUUAAACCAGCUGUUAGUCAAGAAGAUGAUGCAUUUUAUUUUGAUAGUGAAUUUACAUGUAAAACGCCUAAAGAUUCUCCUGGAGUACCACCAAGUGCUAAUGCCCACGAAUUGUUCCGAGGGUUUAGCUUUGUCGCACCGUGCCUUCUUGAGGAUCACGUAAAAGCUCCUGAAUAUAAAAACUGUGAUAGUCUUAGUGCAACCUUUCCGACAUACGUGAGCCCCAUUUCUGUAACUGAUGAAUAUGAGUUUAAACAAGAAAUUGGUAAAGGAAGCUACAGUACUGUUUAUUUAGCUGUUCAUAAAGUUUCUAAGGCAGAGUAUGCUGUGAAGGUAAUUGAGAAAUCAAAAAGAGAUCCAACGGAAGAAAUAGAAAUUUUGCUACGAUAUGGAAGACAUCCGCACAUUGUAACUUUGAGAGCUGUUCAUGAAGAUGAUAAACGAGCUUAUCUUGUAUUAGAAUUAUUACGUGGUGGGGAACUUCUUGAUCGAUUACUACAAAGACGUAAUCUUACAGAAAAAGAAGCAGCUGAAGUGAUGUAUACAAUAGCUAAUGUAGUUAAUUAUCUUCAUGAAAAUGGAGUUGUUCAUAGAGAUUUAAAACCAUCCAAUAUAUUGUAUUCAAAAAUGGGAGCUGAUCCAACGACACUCUGUUUAUGUGAUCUUGGUUUCGCAAAACAGUUACGAGCGGAAAAUGGUUUAUUAAUGACUCCUUGUUAUACAGCAAAUUUUGUAGCACCAGAAGUGUUAAAACGGCAAGGAUAUGAUGCGGCAUGUGAUAUAUGGUCACUUGGUGUUUUGUUAUACAUUAUGUUAGCCGGAUACACUCCAUUUCGUAAUAGUCCUGGUGAUAGUGCCACAGAUAUAUUAGAUCGUAUUGGACCUGGUUAUAUUGACGUUGAAAGCGGUAUAUGGUGUCAAAUUUCGAAUGAAGCUAAAGAGCUUGUUAAAAGAAUGUUACACGUUGAUCCUAAUCGAAGGCCUACCGCAGCUGCCAUAUUAAAAUAUCCAUGGAUUGCCAAUCGCCAUCGUCUUCCUCAAAAAGCGUUACCUGAUAGUACUAGGGACCCACAUAGCCUAAAGAGAGCAGUAGCAGCAACAUAUAGAGCGAUGUCUAGCAGUCCAAGAUCACCUCAUAUCGGUCCCGUUGUCAUGUCUGAAUUGGCACGACGAAGAACACAAGCUAAGCCUACUGGUCCUACCGAAGUUUAA